GCUCCCGGGCCGGCUCCUGUCCUGUCGGUGGGGGCAGCAGGAUGCUGGUGGCAGUAGAGGGGGCCGACCGGGUGCCUCCGCAGCUCAGCUGGCAGGGCCCGGCGGGGCGUGUGUGGCUGCUGGUGCGCACCCCCAGCCCCACGCCUCCCCAUGCAGCCCUGGCAGUGCCUCCGGCGCUUUGCCCUGGCCUGGUGGGAGAGGACCGCGGAGGGUCGCGCCCGCUCUCCCAGGGAGGAGGUUGGACCAAGGGACCCUGGGGGCCGAGGGGAGCCAGGGCUCCAACGAGCAGCGGGAGGGAAGCCUGCAGGACUCUGUUCCCUCUGUUUAAAGUCUCCAGAUCCGGAGCGGAGCAGCCCCCCCAUGCUGUCUGCCGACGAUGCCGAGUACCCUCGGGAGUACCGGACCCUGGGGGGCGGGGGCGGCGGGGGCAGCGGGGGCCGGCGCUUCUCCAAUGUGGGGCUGGUACACACCUCCGAGCGGCGGCACACGGUGAUUGCUGCCCAGAGCCUGGAGGCGCUCAGCGGGCUCCAGAAGGCGGAUGCUGACCGCAAGCGAGAUGCGUUCAUGGACCACCUGAAGAGCAAGUACCCCCAGCAUGCCCUGGCCCUUCGAGGUCAGCAGGACAGGAUGCGGGAGCAGGUCGGCGGCUGGACCGUGGACCCUGUGUGCCUCCUCAGCUCCCUCUGUUCCCACCUCCACGGCGAUUCCACCCCCUCCGGGGCUGGCCAGCCUGCCCAGCAACCAAACUACUGGAGUUUCAAGACACGCAGCUCGCGCCAUACUCAGGGAGCCCAGCCAGGGCUGGCAGACCAGGCAGCCAAGCUGUCCUACGCCUCGGCUGAGUCGCUGGAGACCAUGUCCGAGGCCGAGCUGCCCCUGGGCUUCAGCAGGAUGAACCGCUUCCGACAGAGCUUGCCUCUCUCCCGCUCUGCCAGCCAGACCAAGCUGCGCUCACCAGGGGUCCUGUUCCUGCAGUUUGGGGAGGAGACGCGCCGCGUACACAUCACGCAUGAGGUCAGCAGCCUGGACACGCUGCACGCACUCAUCGCGCACAUGUUCCCGCAGAAGCUCACCAUGGGCAUGCUUAAGUCGCCCAACACCGCCAUCCUCAUCAAAGACGAAGCUCGGAACAUCUUCUACGAGCUGGAGGACGUCCGGGAUAUCCAGGACCGCAGUAUUAUCAAGAUCUAUAGGAAGGAACCACUGUACGCAGCUUUUCCUGGCUCACACCUCACCAACGGGGACCUCCGGAGAGAGAUGGUGUACGCGUCGCGGGAGUCGUCGCCCACGCGGCGCCUCAACAACCUGUCGCCCGCAUCGCACCUCGCAUCCAGCUCGCCACCUCCUGGGCUCCCAUCGGGGUUGCCGUCGGGACUGCCGUCGGGCUCGCCCUCGCGCUCACGCCUCUCCUACGCUGGGGGCCGCCCGCCCUCUUACGCCGGCAGUCCGGUGCACCACGCGGCUGAACGGCUGGGAGGCGCCCCGGCAAGCCAGGGCGUGAGCCCCAGCCCCAGCGCCAUCCUGGAGCGGCGCGACGUGAAGCCCGACGAGGACCUGGCGGGCAAGGCGGGCGGCAUGGUGCUGGUGAAGGGCGAGGGCCUCUACGCCGAUCCCUACGGGCUUCUGCACGAGGGCCGCCUGAGCCUGGCCGCCGCGGCGGGGGACCCGUUCGCCUACCCGGGCGCGGGCGGCUUGUACAAGCGGGGCUCCGUGCGCUCGCUCAGCACCUACUCGGCCGCCGCGCUGCAGUCCGACCUGGAGGACUCGCUCUACAAGGCCGGCGCCGGCGGCCCGCUCUACGGCGAUGGUUACGGCUUCCGCCUGCCGCCUUCGUCCCCGCAGAAGCUGGCCGAUGUGUCGGCGCCCUCUGGGGGACCCCCGCCCCCGCACAGCCCCUACUCGGGGCCGCCCAGCCGCGGCUCGCCCGUGCGCCAGUCCUUCCGCAAAGACUCGGGCUCCUCGUCGGUCUUUGCGGAGAGUCCCGGAGGCAAGGCCCGCAGCACCGGGAGCGCCUCGACGGCCGGAGCGCCGCCUUCUGAGCUCUUCCCUGGACCUGGGGAGCGCUCCCUAGUAGGGUUUGGGCCGCCGGUGCAGGCCAAGGACACAGAGACCAGGGAGCGCAUGGAGGCCAUGGAAAAGCAGAUCGCGAGCCUCACGGGGCUGGUGCAAAGUGCCCUACUGCGAGGCUCAGAGCCUGAGACCCCAAGUGAGAAGAUCGAAGGCUCGAAUGGAGCAGCCACCCCUUCAGCACCAGCGUGUGGAUCGGGUAGUCGGAGCAGUGGGGCUACUCCGGUGUCGGGCCCUCCCCCGCCCGCGGCCAGCAGCACCCCUGCAGGGCAGCCCACUGCCGUCAGCCGCCUGCAGAUGCAGCUGCACUUGCGUGGUCUACAGAACAGCGCUAGCGACCUGCGCGGCCAGCUUCAGCAGCUGCGCAAGCUCCAGCUCCAGAACCAGGAGUCGGUACGCGCGUUGCUGAAGCGCACCGAGGCGGAGCUGAGCAUGCGCGUGUCGGAGGCGGCGCGGCGGCAGGAGGACCCGCUGCAGCGGCAGCGCACCCUGGUGGAGGAGGAGCGGUUGCGCUACCUCAAUGACGAGGAGCUCAUUACUCAGCAGCUCAAUGACCUGGAGAAGUCAGUGGAGAAGAUCCAGAGGGAUGUGGCCCAUAACCACCGGCUGGUGCCCGGUCCUGAGCUGGAAGAGAAGGCGCUGGUGCUGAAGCAGCUGGGGGAGACGCUAACGGAGCUCAAGGCCCACUUCCCAGGCCUGCAGAGUAAGAUGCGGGUGGUGCUGCGUGUGGAGGUGGAAGCGGUGAAGUUCCUGAAGGAGGAGCCUCAGCGCCUCGACGGACUUCUCAAGCGCUGCCGGGGCGUCACGGACACACUGGCGCAGAUCCGCAGGCAAGUGGAUGAGGGUGUGUGGCCACCCCCCAAUAAUCUCCUGAGCCAGUCUCCCAAGAAGGUGGCAGCUGAAACAGACUUCAGCAAAGGCUUGGACUUCGAAAUGCCACCCCCGAGUCCUCCACUGAACCUCCACGAGCUGAGUGGGCCUGCUGACGGAGCCCCUCUUACCCCAAAGAGCAGUAACCCCACCAAAGGCCUGGAUGCUCCCGGGAAGAGAAGCGUGGACAAAGCUGUGUCUGUUGAGGCUGCAGAGAGAGACUGGGAAGAGAAGCGGGCAGCCCUGACCCAAUACAGUGCCAAGGACAUCAACCGGCUGCUGGAGGAGACACAGGCUGAGCUGCUCAAGGCCAUCCCUGACCUGGACUGUGCCAGCAAGGCCCACCCGGGACCCACCCCUACCCCAGACCACAAGCCCCCCAAGGCACCCCAUGGUCAGAAGGCAGCCCCCCGGACAGAGCCCAGCGGGAGAAGAGGUUCAGAUGAGCUCACGGUGCCCCGAUACCGCACAGAGAAGCCCUCCAAGUCACCCCCGCCACCCCCUCCCCGCCGGAGUUUCCCUUCCUCCCACGGCCUGACCACCACUCGCACUGGAGAGGUGGUGGUCACCAGCAAGAAAGAUUCGGCCUUCAUUAAGAAGGCCGAGUCCGAGGAGCUGGAGGUCCAGAAGCCCCAGGUGAAGCUACGCCGGGCUGUCUCUGAGGUGGCCCGUCCUGCCUCCACACCACCCAUCAUGGCCUCUGCCAUCAAGGAUGAAGAUGAUGAGGAGCGCAUCAUCGCCGAGCUGGAGAGUGGUGGUGGCAGUGUGCCACCCAUGAAGGUGGUGACUCCGGGAGCGUCUCGGCUGAAGGCGGCGACCCAGGGCCCAGCAGGCAGCCCAGACAAAGGCAAACACAGCAAGCAGAGGUCGGAGUACGUGAGGAUCCAGGCUCAGCAGCAGGCCACUAAACCAUCUAAAGAGAUGAGCGGGUCGAAUGAGACCUCGAGCCCAGUCUCAGAAAAGCCCUCUGGUUCCAGAACCUCCAUCCCUGUAUUGACUUCCUUUGGGGCAAGGAAUUCUUCCAUCUCCUUCUAGAAGCCCCCCUCAUGCCCCCACCCCAGCCUGCCCCUCCCUCACUCCCCGUCAUUCUCACUUCCUCUCAUGCCCACUCCGCCCUCCCCGCUCUCACACCUGAAGGGUUUUGGGGCCAUGGCCCUCGGCUCUCUCAUCUCCUCUUGGUGUUUUUGGUUUUUUAAGUGAUUCUCUCUUAUCUUUUCUUCCCUCCUUUUUUUUUUAAGAGCAAAAGAGAAAACUAAAAACCAAACACACCAACUUCCCUGACUUCCUGUUCCCUAAUGGCCCCUGCCCCGCCUACUUCCUGUCAUCUUCUCUCCCUCUGCUCUUUCUCCCUCUUCCUCCCAAAUCCAUCCAAAGUUCCCACCUCCCCUAACUUCCCAAGAACACUUGGAAGAAACUCUGAGCCACGGAGACUCGCAGCGGAGAGAGAUCCCCCUCCCGUUACUGGGUUCCUCCUUCCUGGAGGAACAAACGGACAUGGACUGACCCAGCAUCAGGCUGGACAAUGGACAUGGGAGACCCUGGCCUUGGAGACACCCCACUGCCUGUCCCGCCUUCGAAGAGACAGAACUCUGCUGCUGGCCUGCCGUUUCCUCUCCAACCAGGGUGGGCCUGUAAGCAGGCCUGCUGGAUGGGAUCCCCAGAGAAGAGGCCAAGGCUGAGUGUGGGGGUGGGGAGGGGGACACGAGGUGCCAGGGGAUGAGCCGGCUCACUGUUGCUCAGUGUCUGGCUGGUGCUAGCAAAGGACAGAAGGAGGCCCCUGUUCUGGAGGGGUGCUCCUGUGGACAGCCUGCCCCCAGGGCUCUGCCUUGGGAGAGGGCAGCCCUGAGCAAGGGCACUUGGUACUUUCAGUUUCCUAAUUUAGCACUUUAAAUGCCAUUAACUUAUUUUAUGGGGUGGGGUGGGCAACAUGGAAGGGCCUAGAAACAUGUUUGGAGGGUGGGAAGGGCCUGGUUGUGAGGGACAUGGGGAGAAGGGGGUGGGUGCAGUAAAGAAUCUGACCCUCAGCUGGGGGCAACUUGACCUUCAACCAGCCUUUAUGAUUUGAGGGUUUUCAGGGAAGGGGUGAGAUGUCAUUUGUCUCUGGGGAUCUGGUGACCACUGUGAGGUGUUUGAGGAUCCCCAAGGCAGAGCCACCAGCUAGUACUCCAGUCUAUGGAUACCUUGCAGGAGUCCUGAACAGGGCAGACUGGCGUUUGAGCGGGCCCUGGAGGCAAUGGGAGAGGCUGGCUUGAUCCUGGCCUGGUCCCCAGCAGGCACAGAGGGGCCAGAGCAAGAGGAUGAUAGGGGAGGGCGAGAAGGCUGGCAGGGGCUCCAUCUGGAGCACAAAGUAGAGGAAGCACAGAGAUGUGGGCUUGGGACUCGUCCCCCAGUAAGCACAGAGAGGAACCAUUGAAGGGACAGAACCCCAAGGCCCCGGAGCCUGGCUGGGGAGGCCAGUGGCAGCUGUUGAGUUUAGGGAGGGAGGGAAAACUGGGUUGUGUUUCUUUUCUUUUUUUUAAAUUUCUGUUUUGUUGGUUCAUCCUUGUUUUCUAGCUUUGGGUCAUUUUUUGUACCAAGGCAAGCAAGCCUUUUUGAAAAAUAACAAAAGAAGAAGAAAAAAAAUUCCCUCCCAGAAAAAAAAAAAAAAAACACAAAAAGUUAAAAAAAAAAAAACCAAAAAAACAAAAAAGAAAACAAACAAAAAAAACCCUAGAAAAUAGGGGAGAAAAAAAAAAGGACCUCACAAUGAUGCAAUUACUUUUAAUUGCAAGCAACUCUUUACAUUUAAGUGAAGUGUCUUAACAUUUUAUAUUGUUUUAAAAAUAUAUUUACAUAUUAUAUAUAUAUAAUAUACGUAAUAUAAAUAUAUAUAAAUAUUUAAAAAAGAAAAAAAAAAAAGAAAACCACAGCGCACUCUCCCUGGCUGCUGUCUGGCAGGGAAGGGGGCUGGGGACAGGCGUGUGACCUGUAGUCCGGUGAAGCAGUUUGAUUUGGCUGUACAGAGACCCCUGGCUUGGAGGGGAGGGUGAGGGGCCCCUCCACUCCAUCUCUCUUUGCUUGCUACUCUUUGCUUGCCCCCACACCCCCUCAGCCCUGUGACUUGAGUGUGUGCCCCUCUGUCAUUGUCCUGAGUUGAGUAUCCUUUGUGGAGGGAGGGAGGGAGGGAGGGGGAGCCGGGAGACGUGACCAUCCAUAUGGGGGCUGCCCACACGCUCAAGCAGGGCCUGUGGGAUUUACAGAACUCUUCACUUUGGUUCCUGGGCUUGUGUGUGCUGGAAGACAUUUGUAUGGGAUUGUGUGCAGCCUGUGUGUGCGCGCAUUGGCACAAGCCUACACCACUUAAGUGUGUGCACAUGCAUGGAGUGUGUGUACAUAGGCAGAACUUACAUGGUACGUGUGACGCUCUGUACAUGUAUGUGAGCAUAACCUGCCUGGGCAUCAGCAUGAUCGUGUGAAAGGAACCGUGAGAGUAAGAACAUGUGUAAAGUGCGUGCAGACACGCCUGGCUGUUCACGUGAGCACCGUAUGUGGAUGGAUAGAGGUAACAUGAGCUGUGGGUAUGGCUGUGUACAGAUGCAGGCAGGCGUGUGAGAGAGCCUCUGUGUGUGUCAGUGUGCGUGUGCAUGUGUGUGUGUCCCAUCAUCCCUGCACCACCCGCCCGGCUCCCCUCCUGAGGCCUCCCUCCCCGCACCUUCUCAAAGCCCACAGCACGUCAAUGCCCCCUCUCAGCUGCAUGCGCCUCGCCGCCGCCGCCGCCGCCGCCGCCUCCAUCAGUGUGUGCUUGCCAAGAGAAACUGCCACAUUGGGGGACCCUGUACCCGGUCCCCUCACCCUGCCCGCUGUGCUGUGUUACUCGCAUGGGGGGUUCUCUCUGGCCCCUUCCACAAUAUACCUGUUCCCCAGGGGCCUCAGGGCCAAGGCUUUAGUGGGGUCCCAAGUGGGGCCCCCCAAGGCCAGCCUGGUUCCACACCCACUCAUCCGCCCCGUAGGGCCUGUGCUGGUGUAGCAGUGAUGGCUUCCGUGGAUAUCCUGUGACCUCUGUCAGUGUAACUUGACAAUUUCUAAAUGGAAAGGGUUGCUGUGUUUUCUGUCUCUUUUUUAAUGUCUUUUUUCUUCCCUACCUCCCUGCUUUCUUCUCUUCCCUUCUGGUUUUUUCUAGCCGAGUGUUGGGGCUUUAAUAAAACUUGUUCCUUUUUUCUCUCCUGGAUCUUC